AAUUCGAGACCCGAGUCAACUUAGCGCUGCCGCUUGCAGUUGUACGGAACGCGCUUCGGCGUCGGACGCAAAUUGAAGUAUUUAGCCGAGCUUGCUUAACAAAUGUUACUUCCAAGCGUUUCCUAAAUUAAAAAUGUUCACAAUUAGUUAAAAUUAACUUAAAAACAAUAUCAAAGUGGACGUUGUGUCAUAAAGUGCUCAAAAUGUGGUUGUGUCGAGAUGUUUUGGUCGUUUUUCUCCUGCUAUCCGGAAUCAAGCUUGCCAUGGGACUGGAUGAUUCACAACAUGGAAGUCAUCGUAUCAGAGCUCAUAAGCCAAGCAGACGACACAGAGCCGCAAUCGAUGGCGUUCUCCGCUUCGAACCAGAACCGUAUAACAAGAAGCUCGAACUGAACAGCUCCGGCAAGAUACAUUGUAAAGUGGCCGGUGGCGCCUCGCCGACAGUAAUGUGGUUUCUUAACGACGCAGACCCCCUUCCAGAAGGCGUGACAUCAGCAAACGGAACUCUAAUGGUCUCAGAGGCCAAGAGAAGUCACUCCGGUAACUACACUUGUCGAGCUUCAGACGGAGACCAGAAUAUCACUGCUAGGAUAACUUUGGAUGUAGUGGUGUCACCAAGAGUUAUAGAGCCGAUAGCGGGACAACAGAUGCACGUGACAGUCAAACAGACGGUCUCCCUCAACUGUCUCGCAACCGGCGACCCGCCACCCACCACCCACUGGGACCGAAACCUUACCAUAUUGCAUCAACAACAAGAUGGAGUUGAUAUCGAGGGCGGCGUGAACGCUUCUAACUCGAGACUGGUUCUCCUGAACAAUGGGACGUUACUCAUCCGUAACGCCAUGGAGGAGGACUCUGACAGAUAUGGUUGCACGGCUGGCAGCGCGGCCGGACUAGCGAGGAAUGAGCUCGAGUUGAUAGUGCACCCUGAAGGCGAGCUCCCCCCACCAGAGUCUACAGGCGUUGCGGGGAAGGCGGUUCUCGUGUCCAUAUCCGUCGCAGGCGCAUACAUGAUAUUGGUAUUAGCCCUCAUGCUGUAUUGUAGGCGAAGACGGUUACAGCGGCGUCAGAGAGGUGAAAAGAUGGAACUAGAAAUGGCAGAAGGAAGAGAGAAAUUAGUGGAAGAGGGAGAAGAAGACAAACAGAAGGUGACCGUAAACGGUGCGCCUACGCAGAACGGGAGGCUGUUGCCGCACGAUAGAGACAGUGGUGCCGACAAUUCAGAGGUAUCGGGAAUAUCGCGAGUGUCGAAGAAGUCUGGGCAAUACGACCAGCUCACAGUACCGAGGACAUUGCUCACGGAACAGAUUACUUUGGGUCGAGGCGAGUUUGGAGACGUGAUGCUGGGCAAAAUAGAUAUGAGUCAAGUUAAGAAGUUACGUAACAAGGACGAAGAAGGCGAACCUCAACUGAAACCAGUGCUCAUAAAAGUACUCACUACAAAGGACGAGGUACAGCUAGCCGAAUUCCGGCGUCAGCUGGAACUGUUCAGCCGCAUCCGUCACGAGCACCUCGCGCGUCUCAUCGGACUCUGCAACGAGGCCGACCCGCACUGCAUGCUGCUGGAGCACACGGACUGGGGCGACCUGAGGAGCUUCCUGAUCGCGACGCGCACGCCGGAGGAGAACGAGGAGUACGUGUCGCGCGUGGGGCCGGCGCACGGGCUGCCGCCGCGGGAGCGCGCCGUGCCGCCGCUCGCGCCCGCGCACCGCCUCGCGCUCGCCGCGCACCUCGCCGCCGCCGCCGCGCGCCUCGCGCACAAGCGCCUCACGCACAGAGACAUAGCGGCGCGCAACUGCGUGAUAACGUCGAAGCUGCAGCUGAAGCUGUCGUUCCCGGCGCUCACCCGCGGACCCAACUCGCACGAGUACUUCAAGUUACACGAUCAGGUGAUACCACUCCGCUGGCUACCGUUCGAAGCGGUGAUGGAAGGCGAGUACUCCACUAAGUCGGACGUGUACAUGUUCGCAGCUACCGUUUGGGAGAUAUACACUAAAGCUGAAAUGCCGUUUGCGAAGCUGAACGACAACUCCGUGCUGGAGAGGUUGAAGGCCGACACGCUCGAGUGGAACAUUCCGGAGGCGACGCCCGAGCGACUCGCUGCCUUGCUCAAACGUUCGUGGAACAAAUCGCCAACCGAUCGUCCGCAGUUCACCGAUAUUUGUGAGGAAAUGAACACAAUAAUCCAGGAGAUGACGUCAGAGAACGCCUCGCAGCAUUCGCAGGAUAAAAUCGAGCAAGAUGUAUAAGUAUUAAUGUAUCAACCUUGUGACGGUACACAGCGCUGCGUCGAUAAAUGCGGCUCUUUUUGGUUGACAAUGUUUUUUUUAUAGGAAUUUUUGCAAUUAUUGCCAACUUUCUAAGGAAUUUCGUACAGUUGUAAACACAGAAAUUGUUAAGUAUUUCAGUGGAAGUGCACCUUAAGAGAUAUGUUGCCUUAAGGUGAGCAGUUAAAUAAAUAUUCGUACAUGAUUAAAUUUAAAAAUUAACUUAUAACUAUAAUAUUUAUUAAAACUUUUAUCAAUUUAUUUUAAAUUGAUUUUGUAAAUAUCAAAUUCGUAAAUGUAACGCUAGCCAGCGAUUUGUCCCUUUAUGGAAAUCUUAAUUAUGUCUAAAUAUAGGGAAGAAAUGAUUAGUUUAAUUAAGGCCUAUAAUUAGAAAUUAAAACGAAAGUGAAAUCAAAAUGACGCCAUCUUGUAAAUCUUCAACAUAGGUUAGCGAGGAAUAUUACUGAAAAAAAAAAAUUACCACCUACGUACUUUUUUUAUUUAAAUGUAUACUAGGCCACAUUUUUUUGCCUUACAACUGACGAGCAAGUAAACCGCGGGCGACAACUAGUAUAGUAUAUAGAACACGCGACAUUUGUUCUUUGUCUCUAUUCGGAUAAUCGAGAGCUACUGAUAUUGGUCCGAUUAGCUAACAGGUCAGAUGGCCUAGUGUUUCAGGCCACAGAAUUAAAUCUCAAAAAAAAUGACGUCACGAGUCAUCAGGUUGGAACGAAGUUUCUUUUCCUAUGUAAUAUGUAUUAAUUAAAAACACACAAUAAAAUAAAUUAACAACGUGAGAAUAAUUUAAAGACGAUCACACAAUUUUUAUUAAAUAUCCCCGUUUAAAGUUUACUUUGGUAGAAACCCGUAUACAAAAGAAAGAGACAAAAAUAUAGAGAGAGAGAGAGAGGUGCAUAACGCUUCCUAACGAGACGUUUUCUCCCAGCUCACU